GAUGUCGCUGGAGAAGCGACGCGACUCGCGAGCGAGGAUGGCGCGGUUGCUGCCGCCGACGUUGCAGAUUCUCCGCCGCCGCUGCGCCUCCCGCUCCCACUUCUCCACCGCCCCGUCCCCUGUCUCGCCGCCGUCCAAGGCCGUGCUCUACGACGAGCACGGUGCCCCCGACCAGGUGCUCAGGGUGGCGGAUGUGCCGCCCGUCCAUCUCGGGGACCGCGACGUCUGCGUCCGGAUGCUGGCCGCCCCCAUCAACCCCUCCGACAUCAACCGCAUCGAGGGCGUCUACCCCGUCAGGCCCCCGCUCCCCGGCGCCGUCGGGGGGUAUGAGGGGGUGGGCCAGGUCCACGCCCUCGGCCCCGCCGUCACCGCCCCGCUCUCCCCCGGCGAUUGGGUCAUACCGUCCCCGCCCUCUUUCGGGACAUGGCAGACCUACAUCGUCAAGCACGAGAGUGUGUGGCACAAGGUCCGCAGCGAUGUGCCCAUGGAGUACGCCGCCACCGUCACCGUGAACCCCUUGACCGCGCUCAGGAUGCUCCAAGACUUUGUAAAACUCAAUCCUGGUGAUGCCAUUGUCCAGAAUGGCGCUACCAGCAUUGUCGGCCAGAGCGUGAUUCAGCUCGCCAAGGUACAUGGAAUUCACACAAUCAACAUCAUAAGGGACAGGCCGGGCUCAGAGGAAGCAAAAGAUAAACUCAAACAACUUGGUGCAGAUGAGGUGUUCAUGGAAUCUCAGCUAGACAUGAAGAAUGUCAAGAACUUGCUGGGUGCUUUACCAGAACCUGCAUUAGGAUUUAACUGCGUUGGAGGAAAUGCUGCUUCUCUGCUACUCAAGUUUCUGAGGCAAGGAGGCACCAUGGUGACAUAUGGUGGGAUGUCCAAGCAACCUGUCACUGUUCCUACUUCAUAUUUCAUUUUUAAGGAUAUUUCCCUGCGAGGGUUCUGGCUACAGAGGUGGAUGAACUCAGAUAAGGCAGAGGAUUGCAGAACAAUGAUAGACUACCUCUUGGGCCUGGUGCACGAAGGCAAACUCAAAUAUGAGAUGGAGCUGAUUCCAUUCGGCAAGCUCAGCUUGGCUCUGGAGAAGGCCCUGGGCAAAGAUGGAAGCCAGCCAAAGCAAGUUAUGAGGUUCUGAGAUGAAAGAUGAGAGGAGGCUAUAGGGAGUAUCAAAGUAUCCCUCCCAUUCCUACAGUUGGUUAUGUCAAGUGUUAGGCAGAGCGACUUGGGAGUUUUGUAAAGCAAAAGGCUGCGCAGUCCUGAUGCGGCAGGUUAGCUAGAUUCCUGUCCGAGCGAGUUCAUCGAUCUUUCAUUGCAAAGAAGGGGCUAAGUGAGUGAAUUGCCACGAGAUAGCAGUUGUACACAUGGGCUGUGCGUUAAGUAUCUUUGUUUCUGAAAUACGCUAUCUGCGGCAUUAGUUUGUCUUGGCGGAUGGUUAAUACGGAAUUUAACAGAGAAUAGUAUAUCAAUCGUUUUGUGAAACGACUUUAUUUA